AUGGAGUUGUCGACAGAGGAGGAAGAGACCGCACACUGGUCCACAAACUGCCCGGCCGAUGCUCAAGGCGGCUUAAAAAACCGACCCAUGGACAUCAAAAUACAAACAGACGAGCUUUACUCAAAGCAAUGGGAGCUGAUCAUAGUCAUCAAGGUCGACCAGUACACCUGGGCACUGGUUGCGCGAGUGGAACUCUAG